GGGAAGGGAAGGGAGGGGAAAUGAGGGAGAGCGAGCGAGUGAGCGAGUGAGCAGAGCUCAUGGUCACACCAGAGGAAAGAGAACUGUUACUACUGCUCUUACUGUGAGACGGGAGCAGCGAUACACACUGACAUGCACGGACUCACACCUAAACGUAAAGGAGGAUUCUGAAAACGGAGGAGAGGAAAGAAGGAGAGCAGCGCUGCACACAGUAAGAGAAGAAGCCUUCCUCCUUUGUGUGUCUGCAAGAGCGCCGAUGAGGGACGCGUCGACGCGUGGAUGGUGAGUCUCCGGAAAUGAUGCCAUUGCCAAUGGUGCCACCCGCCUUGUCGCCAUGACGAUGCCGUUCAGCCCCCUCUCCAGUGAUGAGGAGCAGCAAAGGAUGCUGGGAAACAGCCAACACCUAUAUCCAGGGGCAGAAGACGAGGAUGAGGAGGAGGACGAGGGAGAGGAAGAUGAGGGCGAGGAAGAUGAAGGAGAGGAAGGAGAAGAUGAUGACAAUGGAGAGCUGGAGCGGGAAGAGGAAGAAGAUGUAGAUGAGGACGAAGUGGAGGAAGGAGGGCAUCCGCACGGGGACAGGCGCGAUGGCCCCAGGCAACCGGGCAACGUGGUUGGACGCCAGAUGGGAGACAGACAGCUGCGCUCUGGAAAUCCAGGAUUCGCCGCCAACCCCUAUUUGUCCAACCCAGGACCCACUCACCAGCAACCGAGCAGUCAGGUGCAGCAGCAGCGGAGGCGAGAGCGCAGUGGCAGCGUGGCCCCGUCUGAUGACACACACAUCUCCAUGAUGGUGUUCCGCAUCGGCAUCCCCGACAUCAAACAGACGAAGUGUCUGCGGUUCAACCCGGAUGCAACAGUGUGGCGGGCCAAGCAGCAGGUGCUGUGUUCACUCACGGAAUCGCUGCGGGAUGUGCUCAACUAUGGCCUCUUCCAGCCGGCCACCGAUGGCCAUGACGCCAAGUUCCUGGAGGAGGAGCGACUACUGCGAGAAUACCCACAGUCCUUUGAGAAAGGGGUACCCUAUCUUGAGUUUCGUUACAAGACCAGAGUGUACAAACAGACCAAUCUGGAUGAGAAACAGCUGGCUAAACUGCACACUAAGGCCAGUCUGAAGAAAUUUCAGGACUACACCCAAAGUGGCUCAGUGGAGAAGAUGGCUAAGCUGCUGGACAAGGGACUCGAUCCGAACUUCCAAGACCCCGAGAAUGGAGAGACUCCCCUAACGCUGGCAGUUCAGUCUGAGAGCAGCGGCGGGGAGGGCAUUAGGGUCCUGAUUCUGGGAGGUGCCCACAUUGACUUCCGGGCCAAGGAUGGCCUCACUCCCCUCCACAAAGCUGUGCGAUCCCACAACCACACAGCGCUGCUGGCCCUCCUGUCAAUGGGAGCCUCUCCAGACUACAAAGAUCGCAGGGGGCUGACCCCGCUGUACCACACUGUGCUGACAGGGGGCGACACGUCGUGUUGCGAGACCCUACUGUACCACAGGGCUAAGCUGGGUGUGAGGGACGAGAAUGGCUGGGAUGAAACUCACCAGACCUCCAUCGGCAUGUGCUCACACGUCUCUCCAUCCUCCCUGUCCCCCCUUUGCUUCCCGUGUCGCGCUGUCGGGAACGAAGAGGAGUGCAGUGUCGGACAUCCACGAGGUACUCAUUCCUCCAUCCUCUUGUUCCUCAUUGCAGCUCUGCUCUCACCUUCUCCUCAGCGUCACCUGCUCAUUUUGCCUCCCCACGUUUUUGCCACAUCCUCCACCUUCUCCUCCCAUCUCCAUGGAGCUGAUGUGAUGUGUGUUCUGAUGAGUCUGAUGCCGAGAGGCACAAGCACAUUUGUUGCAGUGAAGAGCAGUAAGGCCUGCCAGAACGGCCAUGCUCAGCACCUGGAGCACCUUCUCUUUUAUGGUGCGGACUCUUCUUCCCAGAAUGCCUCAGGAAACACUGCCCUCCACAUCUGUGCUUUAUACAACAAGGAGAGCUGCGCUCGCAUUCUUCUGUAUCGAGGGGCCAAGAAGGACACGAAAAACAACAGUGGUCAGACUGCCUUCCAGGUCGCCGUAAUGUCUGGCCACUUUGAACUGGGAGAGAUCGUUAAAAAUCACCGUGACACAGAUGUCGUGCCCUUCCUCGAGUCUCCCAAAUACGCCCCCCAGAGGCGGGAAAGUGGGCGCACCCUCACGCUGCCGCAGCCACACCCUUUCCUCCGCGCCAACAGCGACAGCAGCAUGAACCUGCCGGACUGGAUGGCUCUGCCAAAUGCCGCAGGAAGCAACAUUGUGUCCGUGCAGGGCUACAAGCACUCAGGCACCCUGCGAAGCUCCAGCAGCCCCCGUGGAGUGCGCACCCGCUCUCCGUCCCGCGGCAGAACGGGCGAGAAGGAGGAGCGAAGUCGCUCCAUUCGCAGCAGGCCCGGAGCGGGCUCAGCGGGAAGUGCUGUGACAUCUGGCAGCCAGCGCCGGCGUCUCUACAGCGCGGUGCCCGGACGAAUCUUCGUGGCAACGAGGUCUUACUCCGCGCAGGGCGAUCGGGAGCUCAGCCUAAGCAAAGGGGACAAAGUUAAAGUGCUCAGCGUGGGUGAGGGAGGAUUCUGGGAAGGCACAGUAAAGGGUCGCACCGGUUGGUUCCCCUCUGACUGUCUGGAGGAGGUAACAGCGCGGCAGGUCAGCCGCUCAGAGAGCCGCAGCGAUAAAGCCAAGCGCCUUUUCCGCCACUACACGGUCGGAUCAUACGACAGCUUUGAAGCGCCCAGCGACUAUAUCAUCAAAGAGAAAACGGUGCUUCUGCAGAAGAAGGACAAUGAAGGGUUUGGCUUUGUACUGCGAGGAGCUAAAGCUCAGACUCCAAUAGAGGAGUUCACUCCCACCCCAGCUUUUCCUGCACUGCAGUACCUGGAAUCCGUUGACGAAGGGGGAGUGGCAUGGAGAGCAGGCCUGCGAAUGGGAGACUUCCUCAUUGAGGUGAACGGUCAAAAUGUCAUCAAGGUGGGUCACAGACAGGUGGUGAACAUGAUCAGGCAAGGAGGAAAUAGCUUGAUGGUCAAGGUCGUCAUGGUGACCCGCAAUCCUGACAUGGAAGAGGGUUCCAGGAAGAAAAUCCCCCAUCAGAGCAAAAGACUGAGCGCCCCUUCCGUUGCUCUGCGCUCCAAGUCCAUGACCUCGGAGCUGGAGGAGAUGGUCGAGAAAGCUGCUACGCCUUGGAAAAAGAAAGAGUACGAGCCCUCACAGGUGAGCGAGAAGAAGAGGACAGUCUACCAGAUGGCCUUGAACAAACUGGACGAGAUCCUGGCAGCUGCGCAGCAGACCAUUAGUACCAAUGAAGCUCCAGGGUCACGGGUUCACGGGGCCAAGAGAGAGCGAGGCAGGGGUCUCUUCAGUAACGAGCCCAGCUUUGAGCAGCCGGGCUUUAGCGUGAUGGCUCCUGCUACUGGGCUCGGCUAUGACCGCGGUCAGCACGGUAUGAUGCUACGGCAGAAAUCCAUCGGCGUCCCCGAGGAGGAGAAACAUUACCUCCACCCACCCGCCAUGAAGUUUGCACGCAGCCUGUCGGUUCCUGGGCCGGAUGACAUCCCCCCGCCACCUACCACUGCCCCACCGGACCCUCCCUUCACCGCAGGGCCCCCGUUGAGCUGGAGAAGCAAGCAAGGCCAGCAGGCACCUGCACUGGUCUCCCAGAGUUCGUCUACGACGUCCAGCUACCAGGUCUAUUUCCCUCAGGCAGGCCGAGAGAGAAGCGGGACCGGAGGAGGAGCCGGGAGCGUGGACCACGCCCUCACUUCCCCUUACCCUGCUCCGCCUGUGUCUCACAUCCAGCCGAGCAAAACCACAGCGUCCCGUAAAGGAGGGGUGUUCAUGGGGGACCCUGGCGGCGCUGCGGGUGCUGGUGGGAGAGCGGCCCUGAGAAGGGGCUACAGCAAUGCUGCCCUGCCAACUGCUGCUGCAACAGCGACCCAGCAGGCACUCGCACAAAGCCAAGCUGUCCAGCAGAUAGCACAGGCCGAACGCGGAGCCGCCAGCGUGGCGGGGACCGGGGGGGCGCCGAAAGCAGGGGCCCGCCGGGGAAAGGGCCCUCUGGUGAAGCAGUCGAAAGUGGAGGAGGGAAUGCGGUUGAGUGCGGGCCAGACGCUGGGCAAAGCCUCCGUGGAGAAGAGCUCCAUACCCAUCCCCACCAUCAUCGUCAAAGCGCCUUCCACCAGCAGCAGUGGCCGCAGCAGUCAGGGCAGCAGCGUGGAGGCGGAGCCGCCGCCCGAGGGUGAUGCCAAGGGCCCCCCUGGGGCCCCUGCCGGCCCCCCCAUCUCUGCGCCUCCCUCGAUACCUGCCCCACCUCCUCCUCCUACUACCCCCGUGCCACCGCCACCUCCUCCACCAUCUACUCCUGCACCCCUCCCGUCCCUGCGUGCCCAGGAGAGCCUUGACUUCACCAGUCAGUUUGGGGCGGCCAUUGUGGGGGCAGCCCGCAGGGACCGGGAGCGCUUCCACCAGGCCAGGAGGAAGAGCACCUCCUUCUUCCUCUCGGCCGAGGAGGAGCUGGGGGCUGGGGGGCGGAGUCCGACCUCACAACACCAGGACGCGGGUACCCCGUCCCCUCGACUGCGCCCGUCCAAGUCAAUUGACGAGGGUAUGUUCUCAGGUGACUUUCCCCAGCACACGCGUAGCAUGCCCCCUGCCUUCGGGCUGCCCGAGUACUCCGCCCAAGCGGGGAGCGACUACCAGCCGAAGUCGGUGCCGGCUGAUUUCUAUGGUGCGGGCAGGCAGAUGGCCACCACCUUCAUCCACCCGCUCACGGGAAAGGUGCUGGAUCCCUCCUCGCCGCUGGGCCUGGCCCUGGCCGCCAGGGAGCGGGCGCUCAAGGAUGACGGGAGGGCGCGGCGGGAACGGGGCACCGAGCACCACUUUGGGCGGCAGCUCUCCUCUGCGGCGGCCCCACCCACCCCAGCAUCUCUACUGUCCCACGUGCCAUCGGCCAUCUCCGCCUCCCAGUCCUCCAGUUCCUCCUACCUCGUCACCUCAUCCUCCUUGGCAGCCACCACCACCUCCACCCUGGGCCGCCCGCCCUCACCCAGGAUCCUCCGGGGUGGAAGUGGCUGGGGCGAAGAGGCGGGGGAGAGGGAGAGGGAGGGGGGGCCACGGGAGGGGUUGAGAGUGCGGUUUUCAGAGGACAAAACAGUUCACACGCAUCACUAUCAGUCACAGCACUACCAGACUAGCUACAGGGAGCGGGAGAGAGAACGGGAGAGAGAGCGGGAGAGAGAGCGGGAGAGAGAGCGGGAGAGAGAACGGGAGAGAGAGCGGGAGAGAGAGCGGGAGGGCUACGGCAGGAGGCAUGAUCAGCCCCCUCAGCCGCCCUCCCACCCAGCACCCCGCCGUCCAUCUUUCCUCCGCAUGGAAAGCAACGCCAAUGCCCACGUGCUCUCUCUCACACCUCAGUCACCCCCACCUACCCCCGGGGCUGGGGCAGCCAGUGGGAGGCUGGGUCUCAUGGUUCUCCCGCCUCCCGCCCCCUCCGUGGACCCAGAUGACGAGUUUGUCUUUUCAGACCCCCUGCCGCCACCGUUGGAGUUUGCCAACAGUUUUGACAGGUCGGCCUACUCUCAGCAGCAGGGAGCGAUGCUGGUCAACAACUUACAGCUACCACCAGCCCCUCCCCCUCCACCACCCCCACCACCGCCCCCUCAAAAAGAGCCUUUCACAGGGGGUUUCCCAUCGCACACCCCCCUGCCCUCCCCCCAGGCGGGAGACUCCACGGCCUCCAGCCUUACAUCUUACGACAGUGAGGUGGCCAAUCUGACACAGUCGGCACCCUCCCCGUCCUCCAUGUCCCCCUCGGCCCUGCAGUCCUUGGCCCUGGUCCCUCAGCCGCCGCCUCCGCCCUGCGUGUCCCCUCCGCCGCCGCCCACCUCAUUCCACAGGCCCUUCACCCUAAGCCAGACACACCACCUGUACAACAGCACACAGGCUCCGGGGCGUUCCUCACCCACGCCACCUCCCCAGCCGGCUCCGCCCUCCCAUUUGUACCGUGGCUCCUCCACCUCAUCCACGGGUCCCACGCCAGUGCACACCAGAGCUCCUUCCGGCCUGCCCUCUAUAGCGACCUGCCCCGGUACCGCCGCCGCCGCCGCCUCCACCGCCUCCGUCACCAUCCCCUCGACUUCUGCGCAUCCCGGAGUUGCUGCUGCCGUGACAACGGCGGGGCACCGCAGAGCGAACCACGGCCCUCCACCUGCCAAGAGUGGCGAGUCCCAGGAGACCGUGGUGGAUUCUGGGAUAGAGGAGCUGGACAGCCGCAGCAGCAGUGACCACCACCUGGACAGCAUCUUGGGAAUAGGUGGUGCUAGAGGAGAGAGAAUGGAGAGAGCUGAGAGAGGAGGCGGAGUUGGAGACGACAGAGGGGGCGAUCUUCUCGACUCCUACUUGACCUACAUGGAUGGGCAGACUUUUGAGAUACGCAAUGCCAAAGCGGCGCCCUCCACUUACCCCAAACCGCAGAGGUACCGAGACGGGAGCAGGCCGGCCACGGAGCUGAGACGUCAGUCCACCACGGCGCCCCCUGCACGCCGCCCCUCCCUGGAGCCCCAGAGGCGCAGGGAGGAGGAGGAGGAUGAGGACGAGGCAGAGGAAGGUGACGGCGGCACCGAAAGGGAGAACGGACAGGACGGCUACGGCGACGGGAUGCCACAAAGCCUGGCUCGGCCCACUUCGCUGUACUUUGAGCGCCCCCGCACCCCAGAAGUGAAAGCCCCCUGGGCGGAGGGUGCUCCCGGGGCUGCCCAGGCACUGGAAGGAGGGGGGCAUACAGGGAGCAUGUCCUUGGAAGGGCGCAAGAUCCAUCCUCCCCUGUCCAGCAUGAAGGCGAGUAUUAUCAACGAGCUGAGCACCAAGCUGCAGCAGAUGGGCAGCCACCGGACUCUAAACCGGCACAGGUUCUCGGAAGACUCCACAGGCACCCUGAGCCCACCGAUGGUGCGCUCUCCAUCUCCGUCCCCCCUGCAGGCCACGCAGUCCAGUCCGUCCCCCACGCCCGCCUCUCAGCCGCCCCUGUAUCCUGACUGGGCCCGUUCUCCGUCACCCCAGCCGAGCGCCGCCGCCGCCGCUGCCGCUGCCGCCGCCGCUGCCGCCGCCGCUGCCCCCACACAGCCCUCGGCAGUGCACGUGGCCGUCUCUCCGUCCUACUCACCGUACCCGACGUCACCCAAGCGCCGGCCCGUUUACCGCACCAAAGCCCUGGAGUUCCAGUUCAUCCCGAGCCGAGAGUCACGCAAGUCGGACCCCCAGCUGCAGAGGAGACGUGCCCCCAGCCCGCUCAUCUCACCUUCGGACCGUCCCAAACUCGGCCCGCCGCGGCCCUCCUCCCUUCCCAUCCUGCCCACCAGUCCCCUGUACGGCAGCCUGUAUGACCUGCGCGGCUCCGUGACCCCGCCCUCCCCGGCCAACCCCCUGGGAGACCCCUAUUUCUCCCCCUCGCCCCCUCUGUUUGCCCCCAGCGGGGCCCCUCCGGCACCCAACUCCUCGCUGGUAGUGUCCCGUUCUCUGUCCCCCACACACUUCCUCUCUGGGACAUCAUCUCCCCCGCUGCACCCGCUGCCCCCUCCAACUUGCCUCAGCUACCCCCACCUGCCUCCACCACCCCCGUCGAAGCCCUUUGCUUCCAAGCCCCUCCCUUAUUGGACCAAGUACGAUGUUGCCGACUGGCUAGGCUACCUGAACCUGGGGGAACACCGUGAUCGUUUCCUCGACAACGAGAUUGACGGCACCCACCUGCCCUCGCUCACCAAGGAGGACUACCUGGACCUGGGAGUGACACGUGUGGGUCACCGCAUGAACAUCGAGCGUGCGCUCAGGAGGAUCAUGGACAGGUGGGAGAGGGGCGGAGAGUGAAAGUGGGGCACGUUGACAGAUCAUCGGCCCAUGAACGCAGCGCGUCAGGAGGGACCAUCUGCAGACCCCAUCUCCUGCUCUCCAUCCCUCCCUCUCUCUCUGUAUCUCUCUCUCUCUCUCUCU